AUGUUACUGAAUAUCGUGCUGCUUUUCUCACUUUUUGUGCUUUUUUGCUGGCGUGACAAACGUCCCAACUUUUUUCCGCCGGGCCCGCCAUGGAUCCCCAUCAUCGGCAAUCUUUAUCUCAUCUACGAGUUGCUGCAAGAGCAAAAAUUCUACUUUCGCGUGUGGAAUUACCUCGCAGAGCGUUACGGAAGUGUUGUGGGUCUGAAAUUGGGAACGAAAAAACUCGUCAUUGUUUCGGGCAAGGAGAUGAUCAAGGAAUUUUACAGCAAUGAGGAUUUCGAUGGCAGACCAGAUGGAUUUUUUUAUCGCAUUCGAAGCUUUGACAAGAGACUCGGGAUUGUUUUCACCGAUGAGCGGGAUUGGGAAGUCCAACGGAAGUUUACGAUGAAGACGUUGAAGCAACUCGGGCUUGGGAGGACAAAUAUGGUUGAACAUAUUGAGCGGGAAGCUUACGAGAUGGUCGAAUAUUUCAAGGAACGCAGUAAAGAUGGGUCUCCGAUUGAAAUGCAUGACGGAUUUGAUAUUCCGGUGUUGAAUGUCAUGUGGGCCUUCUUGUCGGGCAGCAGAUUUGAGUUGGAUGACGAGAGAUUGCCGGAAUUGACGAAGAUGAUUCAUGAUUCGUUCCGUGUAAUUGACAUGUCGGGUGGAUUGUUGAAUCUUUGGCCGAGUAUAAGAUACUUUUUGCCGGAAAAGUCGGGAUAUAAGCCACUUUUGAGGACUUUGGAGCCGUUGUGGGCGUUUCUGCAAAAAACAAUUGACGCCGCUAAACCAGAACUCGAUAAUCCCGAUGCCCCUCGCUCCUUCAUCGGCAACUAUUUAGAAGAAAUGCGUUCCAACACUCGCGAUCACACUUUUACCGAAGAACAACUUCUCGCCCUUUGCGUCGAUCUUUUCCAAGCUGGUUCGGAAACUUCCAGCAACACUCUCGGCUUCGGCUUGAUCUACGUUUUGCACAACCCGUACGUGAUCGACAAGAUGCGCAAAGAACUCGAUUUCGUCGUUGGCAAGGAACGUCUUCCAACGCUUUCGGAUCGGACUCAACUUCGUUACACGGAAGCCGUUGUUUGUGAAAUUCUUCGUUUGUCGACUGUGGCUCCGCUGGCAAUCGCUCAUCGAGCACUUUGUACCACGCGAUUGGGAAAGUACAUCAUCCCAAAAGACUCGCUGGCGAUGGUGACCUUGAACACGUUGCACAUGGACAAAGAUUAUUGGGGAGAUCCGGAAGUUUUUCGCCCGGAGAGAUUUAUGAAUGCUGAAGGAAAUUUGAUUCAACAUGAGAAUUUCAUGCCGUUUGGUGCGGGAAAGCGACGAUGUAUUGGCGAAAAUUUGGCAAAAUCAAGCGUUUUUUUGUUCUUUGCGUCUUUUAUUCAUUCGUUUGAUAUUUUGCCACCGUCGAAGAGAGAAUUGCCGAGUUUGGAACCAAUUGACGGAAUUACUUUAUCUCCUCAACCGUACAAAGUUUUUCUGAAAUCAAGAAAAUAUUAACUUUUUUAUUUAAUAAAGCGUUUUAGUUUC